GUUCGUUAAAUACUCUAAAGUAAAAAGGGGAUAGUUUUAGUCGAAGCUGACUUCAUGUUAAAGUGUUGUAAAUUCAAUAGAUACCUAUUCAUGUUAAAAUUGCGUCGCAAAUAAUGUUAUCGAUUAAUUUUUUAAGAACUUCGGAGUCAAUAAGUAAACGAUCAAAUAAUAUUAAUAAGAAAGCGGAUAAUAUAGAAUUAUUAAUGAGGUUCUCAUUUUUCAUUGUGGUUUUCAUUAUAACAACCCACCUAUUGCCGUCGGUUAGUGGAAGCGAAUCGUUGGGAAACCCGUAUAAAAUAUUAGGUGUUCACAAGCGUGCGACCUUACAAGAAAUUCGAAAGGCAUAUAAAAAUCUCGUCAAAGAAUGGUAAGUAUAACGAUAAAUAUCAUUCCAUUAUUAUUUUAUGAAGAUUAGUAUUUGUUAUGGUUUAAUUUUAACUGAUCCAGAAAGAAGAAGAAAGUUUGAUAAUCAUGGCAUCACAGAAGAAAGUAUUCCUAGACAACGAAGAGAUAAUAGUCACUUUAAUAAUGUUUUUGAUCCAUUGGAAGAAUUAUUUGCCAGAAAUUUUAAAUUUCAUGACCAAAAUCGAGAUAUUUCACUUUUCUAUAUGAUGAGCAUCACAUACCGAUCAUUUGAAAAUAUAAUAGUACCAAAAACUUUUCGAACACCUUACUUGAUAUUAUUUUAUUCGGAUUGGUGUAUUGCAUGUUUACAAGUACAACCUACAUGGCGACGUUUGAUGGAUUUAGAACCAUUGGGUCUUGGUUUAGCUACUGCACAUGCUGAAAAAGAAUCUACUUUGGCAAGAAAGCUGGGAAUUCAUACAUUACCAUGCCUUGUUGUUACAAUAGAUGGUCGUACUAGUGUGUAUAAGGAAUCUCUUUUUAGUGUCCAAAAAAUUGUUGAUUUCUUGCGAAGCAAAUUUCCAUACAAAUUAGUACCUAAUAUAAAUAAAAGUAAUGUAGACAAUUUCCUCUCAGGAUGGAUAGAUAAUCGAAUUCGAGCUUUAAUAUUUGAUAAGAAACAAUCUGUACGAUUACGAUAUCUAUUUAUUGCAUUUCAUUAUAGAGAUCGUGUUGCAUUUGGUUUUGUUCAGACGGGAAUAUCAGAAACGGAACCUAUUGUAACAAAGUAUAAAGUUUCUGCGGAUUUAGACACAUUGUUAUUAUUUAAUGAAAAUUCUGAGAAACCUAUGGCAUCUGUUAGCAUGAAAGAUAUAUCUAGUGAUACAAUGCACAAUGUUAUUUCAAAUAAUAAAUUUCUUGCUUUACCAAGACUCUCAAAUCAAGCAAUGUUAGACUCCGUUUGCCCGCCUGAGUGGCUAAGACCUCAAAAACGAUUAUGUGCAGUUUUAAUAUCACAACAAAACAGUCCUCUUCAUGAUUUGGCUAGGCAUAAAUUUAGACAAGCGGCUUUAGAGUCAUCUUACAGUACUGAAAGGGUCAGAUAUACGUACGUAUUUAAGGAUACACAACCAGAAUUUGUAUCAGCAUUAUCAACAGGUGAAGGCAGUCCUUUAGAACCUUUAUUACAUAUUGUCAUUAUUUGGAGGAGGGAUGCAAAUCAUUUGAAAUACGAAUGGUUACCUACUGUUUGGAUUGAAGCAGCUCAGGAUGAAACACAAUGGAAUGAAACACGUCGAAACUUAGAACAAACCAUACAAAGAUUAUUGCGUGCAUCUGAAGCUUUGCCAUAUGCCGCAGUUGUAGGAGAAUUAGCAGAUGAACAUGCACAGGGUACUGUAGACAAACUUAUUGGAAAAGCAUUACUAGCUGUAGAUUAUAUUUCGGAUAGUCUUACUAAGGAGCAAAUAUUGCCUUUAGUAUCAGUAAUUGCUACUAUAAUGUUACUUGGUGCUGCAGGAUAUGGAAUGUCAUAUCUAGCAAAAUUAGAGGAAGCAAGUAUUCAAGCAAAUGCUCAUGAACGUGCUCAAUGUAAGGAUAACAGUAAAUCAACGCCAUCACAGCCACAAUUACGGUUACAUGAAUUGCGGGCAGAAAAAUAUAAUGGUUUAGUUCGAUUAUUAAAACCGGGCUGUAGAACCAUUAUAUUAUUAGUUGGUGUUGAAAGUAGACUAAAAUUAUUACGAGCUUUUCAUAAAGCUGUGUGGCCUUAUAGGAAAAAUAAAACCUUAAUGUUUGGACAUUUGUCUCUUGAAAGAGGGUUAGAUUGGUAUAAAAAACUGUUAUCCCUCACGUUGCCAGAACAAAGAGAACUAAAUAUAAACGCCAAAAAUUGUGUUGGCACUGUAUUAUCUCUGAAUGGGCAUCAUAAAUAUUUUUGUAUGUAUCAUGCCAAACAUCCAGAAUGUACCAAUGGCAAAGGUUCUAAGAGAAUAGAACGAAUGACAAAGCAGUUAACUCGAAGAACAGAUGAUGCAGAAGCUGGUGCAUUUAUUGGUUUUGAUAGUUCUAACGAAUCUGAUGUUUCUGAUGAGGAGGGCGGAAAUAAUGUUUUAUAUCAGGAUAAUCUUUUGGAUGGUUUACCUAUGUGGCUGGAAAGAUUAUUCGAAGGUUUAACAUAUCGUUAUUAUGUAAAUUAUUGGCCCGAGUUCACUGCCAAGUAA